AUGCAGAAUUCAGAGGGCGGAUCAGAUUCAGCGACUUCUGUGGCACUGCGUACUUCUGCGUCUGCUCAAGCUCCAGUAGUGCAGCCAGUGCCAGCCUCCCAGCAGAGGGUUUUGGUUCAAACAACAAGCUCUUCUCCCAAAGGAGCACAGAUGCAGCAGAUCUCCAUUCCCAGAGUUCAGCAGGUCUCACAGCAGGUGCAAACUGUGCAGCAUGUAUACCCAGCCCAGGUCCAGUAUGUGGAAGGAGGAGAGGCUGUCUACACCAAUGGAACCAUCCGAGCCGCCUACUCCUACAACACCGAAGCUCAGAUUUAUGCCCCCAGCAGCGCAGCUUCCUAUUUCGAACCGCAGGGAGGUGGAGCACAGGUGACUACAGCGGCAUCCUCUCCUACAGCCAUUCCCUCUCACAGCAUGGUGGGCAUCACUAUGGACAUUGGGGGAAGUCAGAUCCUCUCCAGCUCAGGAGCCUAUCUCAUUCAUGGGGGGAUGGAAAACACUAGACACUCUCUGUCACUAACUUCACGCUCCUCUCCAGCAACGCUUGAAAUGGCGAUUGAAAAUCUACAAAAAAAUGAAGGGAUUACAUCACACAAAAGCAGUUUGCUCAACAGCCAUCUCCAGUGGCUGUUGGACAAUUAUGAGACUGCUGAAGGUGUGAGUCUUCCCAGGAGCUCGCUGUAUAACCAUUACCUGCGGCACUGCCAAGAGCACAAACUGGAUCCAGUGAAUGCUGCUUCCUUUGGAAAACUGAUUCGUUCUGUGUUCAUGGGGCUGAAAACUCGGCGCUUGGGAACAAGGGGAAACUCCAAGUAUCAUUAUUAUGGGAUCCGUCUAAAGCCAGAAUCUCCACUGAAUCACUUACAGGAAGACACCCAGUAUAUGGCGAUGAGGCAACAGCCCAUACACCAGAAACAAAGGUAUAGACCUGCACAGAAGAUGGAUGGCAUAAGGGAGAGUGGAUCCAACAGUAGCCUACACACUACUCCAGAACAGUCAGUUGCAGCUCAAAGUCAACACCAUCAGCAGUUUAUAGAUGUAACCCAUGUCUUUCCUGAUUUCCCGGCACCUGAUCUAGGAAAUGUCCUCUUACAAGAGGGGAUCACCAUGAAUGAUGUCAAGACGCUACAGCUUCUUUACAGACGACACUGUGAGGCAACUUUGGAUGUUGUAAUGAACCUUCAGUUUCAUUACAUUGAGAAGCUGUGGCAGUCCUUCUGGAGUUCUAAAACACCAUCUAGUGAUGGCUCUACCACCAUGCCUUCCAGUGAAGAAGAACACGAAGGGGUCAUCCCAAAGGACAAGCUCAUCACUCUGUGUAAAUACGAUCCUAUCCUGAAAUGGAUGAGAAGCUGUGAUCACAUCCUGUAUCAGGCCCUGGUGGAGAUCCUCAUCCCUGACGUGCUGAGGCCGGUGCCUGGCACCUUGACGCAAGCCAUCCGCAAUUUUGCAAAGAGUUUGGAAGGAUGGCUGAUGAAUGCAAUGAGCGAUUUCCCCCCACAGGUAGUCCAGACAAAGGUUGGAGUAGUGAGUGCCUUUGCACAGACAUUACGGAGAUACACUUCCCUGAACCAUCUGGCUCAGGCAGCUCGCGCUGUGCUCCAGAACACCUCCCAGAUAAACCAGAUGCUCAGCGACCUCAAUCGAGUGGACUUCGCCAAUGUGCAGGAGCAAGCCUCCUGGGUAUGCCAGUGUGAAGAAGGCAUGGUGCAGAAGCUGGAGCAGGAUUUCAAACUCACGCUACAGCAGCAGAGCUCCCUCGAUCAGUGGGCCAGUUGGCUGGAUAACGUUGUCACCCAAGUUCUAAAGCACCAUGAGGACAGCCCCAGCUUCCCCAAGGCAGCUAGGCAGUUCCUGCUGAAGUGGUCCUUCUAUAGCUCUAUGGUGAUCCGUGACCUCACCUUGCGCAGUGCUGCCAGCUUUGGUUCCUUUCACCUGAUUCGCCUGCUCUACGAUGAAUACAUGUUUUAUCUGGUAGAGCAUCGUGUUGCCCAGGCAACAGGGGAGACACCAAUUGCUGUAAUGGGAGAGUUCAGUGACCUUGCAUCCAUGUCCUCAACACUGCUGGAUAAAGAUGACAUUAGCGACCUUGGAGGUGAGGCAGACGCAGAUUCCCGAAGUGUCGGCGAGCCACUAGUGAAGCGCGAACGUAGCGACCCUGGCUACUCGCUGCAAGAGAUCUAG